AUGUGGCAUUACGAGGAAAUAGAAUGCCUCCUUGCAGGACCAAGAAGCGUCAUGUCAAUCCAGCUGCUUUGGCUCAGUUGCUUGGUACACCUACCUGGCGGUUCUCCUGCAUUGAGACGCGUUGUGCCUGGCUUCCAAAGCCAGAGUGGAAUCAUUUCCAUGGCUGCUCGGCCUCCGCCCUUAGAUCUGUCGGACUGUCAGCAUGGAGGCCUAGGUAUCGAUCGGAGUUGCCCCGCAGGAGGUCACACCUUCCGGAUCCAGGAAGAUCUUGAACAAUCCUUACCAGUAUGGUCUUCGAAUGUUGAAACGACUGGAGAGCAGCUCAGCGAGCUAUUGGGGCAGCUUUGGAAGACUGAUCUGGACAGCAAAGUUCUGGUCUUCAGCGGAACUCAUGGUUCUGCUACCCGCAAUGCACACUGCGAGCAGUCUCAAAUUUCACACCUUUUGGAACCAGGAUUCGCUCGUGCAGAUUCCAUUACCGCACGCGGUUUCAACCGCGCUAGCAUGGAAGUUGUCGUCGUUGAUCUGGGUGACAUCCGUGAUGCCUCUGCCUCAGGGCCUCAAUGCACCGAGCAGGAUCGGCGGAAUGGCUUCGCACGACAGGCAAUACGACAGUUCCAGCCUGAUGUGAUUGUGAAAUCCUGGUGUGGCAGCGCUUCCAACGCCCCAGAGCUCGACCAGAGUAUCUGCGAUGAAAUUCAAUGGCUGCGGGCUGCGCAGGCCCCUCUGGCUGAGGUGCACAAUCAGGAUGUGGGAAAUCCGCUGCAGCUGCCACAGGAUGUGGGAAAUCCCUUGCAGCAACCACAGGUGUGCUUACUGAGAGGUUCUGGGAAGAGAAGUGGCAAGUGGCAAGAGUGCAGGCAUUUGUCCCACCUCGAGCUGUGGAAACCCACACUCUCGCACAUGAAGUUGCUACACAGCAGAGAGACAGGUUCAUGA